CCAAAAUUCAUCAUUCCAUUCAUUAGCGACAACAAUGUUGUUAUUGUCGUCACUAAUGUUAAUCACCAUCAUAUCAAAUGGAUCAUGUUGGUCAAUUACAUAUCCAUUUUAUCGGUUAUUUUCAUUUUUCACAUCAUCAUCAUCAUCAUCGUCGUCGUUGUCGUCGUCAUCGCCAUCACCGCCAUCGCCAUCGCCAUUAUUAUCAUCAUCUAUAUCUUCGGCUAUUUCAUCAUUACCAUCACAACAACAACAACAACAACAAACAGAAUUAAUUAUCACAAAUACAACAACAACAUCAGCAUCGAUGACUAUUUCAACUACAAUGACCACAGCGUCAACAAUGAUGAUGAUGAUGAUGAUGACAACGACUGAAAUGCCUAAAACUUCAAUUUCAAAUAAUAAUGAUAAAAUUCUACGACCAAACAAUUGGCAUCACCGCCUUCAUUAUCAUCAUCCGAAUUUUCGAUUGAAUCAUAGUGAACAAGAAAAAAAUGAUGUUGGUGAUAAUGAUAUGGCUGCCGAUACAAUCCAUUUACAUUUCAAUGAUAGUAAAAUGACAAAUGAUUUUCAUGUCCAUUUUGAUCCAUUUUCGAAUAAAUCAUCAUCAACAUCACCAACAUCAUCAUCGUCGGAAAAUUUGAAUGAAUUUAAGGGAAAAAAUGAUAUGCCAAUAAAUUUUGAACCACGCAAACCAUUCGAAGCAUUAAUACAGAAUGAUAAAACAAUGGCCGAUCUUGUAUUUGAUCAUACUGGUCGUGAUUUAAUUUAUUGUGAAUUAUUCGAUUUAGAACGUGAACCAUUACCAGUACGAUUGCCAAUGGUAGUUGGUGAUCGUCGUCCAUUAAUUGUUAGCCAUAAAACAAUGUUAGAAGCCGUUAGAAGAUGUACACAAUUGGCAAUGAUACAACAUCAAGAUGUAUUUAUUAAAAGAUAUACAAAUCAAACAACCGCAACAACAACGGCAAUGUCAAUGAUGAUGAUGGUGACAAAACCGACAAACGAAUCAUCAUCAUCAACAACAAAUGUAGAUGAUAAUAAUUCAACGACCAUAAUGUCAAGAAUUUUCUCAAAUGAUACAAUUACAGGUGAACAGCCAUUAUUUUAUAAUAUGACCAAUAAUAAAAUGGCACAAUCUAAUAAUGCUGCAACACCAUAUGAAAUGAAUCUUCAACAUUAUUGGACAUUUUGGCGUGGUAUUCUACCUGGUACAAAGUGGUGCGGUGUUGGCGAUGUAGCCAGUCAUUAUGAAGAUCUUGGUAUUAAAUUAGAUAUCGAUCUUUGUUGUCGUGCACAUGAUCAUUGUCCAAUUCGUUUGAAAGCAUUCCGUACUGGUUAUGGUGUAUUCAAUCUUUCAUUCUAUAGUCGUUUACAUUGUGAUUGUGAUGAAGAUUUUUAUAAUUGUUUGAAAAAAUCACCAAAUUCUUAUGCAACAAUGUUGGGACAAUUUUAUUUCAAUGUAUUACGUGUUCAAUGUUUGAAACAAGAUAAUAAUAUACCACCUGUUUCGGAUAGUUCCGAUACAACACCACCAGUAUCGCAACAAGUUGUUUGCCGAAAACAUAGGAUAACAACAUCGGGUACAAAUGAAUGUAUUGAAUAUGGUAUCAUACCAGAAUCAGCCACCAAUGGACAUAUGAAAAUUGUACCAUUUGGACGUCAUUUUUAAAUUAUUAUUACCAUUACCAUUGUUGUUGAUUUUUCUUCUGAUCUGUUGUUUUUCAUUUUCAACGU